AUGCGCUUGCCUUUGCACGCGCUCGCAUGGCGCGCUCAACGGGCUGGAUGCAUCCGGACGCUAGCCACGGCGGCUCCCAGCCAACCACGGACACCACAGACAAUCAUUGAGAAGGUCGUGCAGAAGUACGCGGUUGGACUACCGGACGGCAAGGCCGUGAAAGCCGGGGACUACGUUAUGCUUCGACCCGAGCACGUCAUGACACACGACAACACUGGACCUGUGAUAUCCAAGUUCAAGUCGAUAGGUGCCAAGAAGAUACAUAAUCCCAAGCAACCGGUCUUCACGCUUGACCAUGACGUCCAGAACCGCUCGGACAAGAACUUAAAGAAAUACGCCGACAUCGAAAUCUUUGCGCGACAACAUGGCGUAGACUUCUAUCCCGCAGGACGCGGGAUUGGACAUCAAGUCCUUGUUGAAGAGGGCUAUGCGUUCCCGUACACGCUUACGGUGGCCUCCGACAGUCACAGUAACAUGUACGGCGGAGUUGGUUGUGUCGGGACACCGAUCGUCCGAACGGACGCAGCGGCAAUUUGGGCUACGGGAAAGACAUGGUGGCAGGUCCCGCGUAUGGUCAAGGUCGAACUUCGCGGCAGAUUGGCGCCCGGUGUGACAGGGAAGGAUAUCAUUGUGGCGCUGUGCGGCAGCUUCAAUAACGACGAGGUCUUGAACGCCGCUAUCGAGUUCACCGGAGAUGGCGUCAAAGCUCUAUCCGUCGAUGACCGGCUUACUAUCGCGAACAUGACCACGGAGUGGGGUGCAUUGGUUGGCUUGUUCCCGGUGGACGAGAAGACACUGGAUUGGUACGAGAAGCAGCUCAAGAAGCUCGAGUUCAGGACGUUCUCUAUCCCAGGCGAUGAUAUUCCACCACCACCAGAACACCCGCGCAUCAACAGGAGACGGCUCGACUCACUACGUGCGGCGCCUAUUAUAUCUGACGUAGAUGCGUCGUACUCUUCGCACCUCAUUCUGGACUUGUCGACCCUCGUACCGCACGUAUCUGGCCCGAACAGCGUCAAGGUGUCCACUCCGCUACCCAAGCUUGAGUCGGAGAAGAUCCCAAUCCAGAAGGCUUACCUUGUCAGUUGUACCAACUCUCGCGCUUCCGACAUCGCAGCCGCAGCAUCCGUCGUCCGUGGGCACAAGAUCGCACCCGGCGUGGAGUUCUACAUUGCAGCCGCCUCAUCUGCCGUACAACUCGAAGCUGAGGCGAGCGGCGACUGGGAAGCGUUGACGCUCAGCGGCGCGAAGGUCUUGCCGGCAGGUUGCGGACCGUGUAUCGGACUCGGAACGGGUCUUCUCGAGGAGGGCGAGGUUGGGAUCAGUGCGACGAAUAGGAAUUACAAGGGCCGCAUGGGUAGCCCGAAGGCGUUGGCAUAUCUCGCGAGCCCGGCUGUUGUUGCCGCGAGCGCUCUCAAGGGGUACAUCGCCAGCCCCGACUCUCUGGACGUAUCUGCACUCCCGCCUUCCGGCGCGCCGUUCUUCUCAAUUGCAGACUCAGGCGCGAAGGCGGCCACCGCGGCCGCUUCUGCAAGCGAGGAACCACUUCUUCCAGACUUCCCCGCGACCUUCCGUGGUACACUCCUCUUUGCGCCUCAGGACAACUUGAACACGGAUGGGAUCUACCCCGGAAAGUACACAUAUCAGGACGAUAUCACCCUCGCGCGUCAGGCUGAGGUGGUCAUGGAGAACUACGAUCCAGCAUUCGCUCAGCUCGUCGCUUCGUUCGCCCCCGCGACGUCUACGGGAGAUGUCAAAGAGGGCCGGGCGAUCUUGGUCGCAGGAUACAACUUCGGCACGGGCUCGUCGCGCGAGCAGGCCGCGACCGCGUUGAAGGCCGCGGGCGUACCCAUGGUUAUCGCGGGCUCAUUCGGCGACAUCUUCAAGCGUAACGCGAUCAACAAUGGGCUCGUAUGCGUUGAGUGCCCCGAGCUCGUCGCGGAUCUCACAUCGACGUACGCCAAGGACGGCGCACGUGGUGCUGGCGGCAAUCAGGGCGAGCUCACCGUGAACCGAGGGUUGAAGAUUAGCGUUAGCAUGAAGGAUGGGAGCGUUGUUGUCCAGGGUAUGGAUGGUGGGGAGAGGAGAUACACUGUGAAGCCUGUUGGACCGAGUGUACAGGAGCUGUGGCUAUGUGGUGGGUUGGAGGGCUAUAUCCUGAAGAGCAUUCAGGCGGAGAGCGCUUGA